GGAAAUGGGUGAACAUAUUGUACGAUCGCCUAACCUUGAUUGCAUUAUUAGACAGGAACGAGGAUAUGACUGAGAACAUGGUAGCUGUAUUCUUAGCUUUCUUGGUGGCUUUUCUGGGGUUUGUGCUUUUAAAUGAGGGCUGUUUCAAAGACAUCUGGGUCUUUCAGUUCUGCCUGGUCAUUGCUAGCUGUCAGUAUUCCUUGCUGAAGCGUGUUCAGCCAGAUGCGGCUUCACCUACUCAUGGCCAUAACCAAAUUGUCAUCUACAGUCGUGCUGCAUAUUUCUGUAUGUUCUGUGGCCUUAUUUGGAUUUUGGAGAUAGUAUUGAGAACACCAGACCUCCCUGUGUCCACCGUCUAUGGCAUCACAAUAGUAACGUCAGAUGCCCUUCAGUACCU